AUGGAGCACGAGGAGGGGUGUAAAUACGCUGUUAACACAUCAAAUGUGCAAACUGAAGGGCCUUUAGAGAGUUUGUGUUCAAGCAGGAAAUGUUCAGUUUGGUUAGAUCUGAAAACUUGGUUUGGGUAUAAGAGUAAAUCCCUUUCAAAUGAGAUGUUCAAUGAGUAUUUUCUAGACGUUGCGCAUGGUGGAAACGGCUCCUAUGAGAAAUUAAUAUUGUCUGCCAAUAAGGCAAUUGUGGAUUGUAUACAGGAAGAUUUGCUCAAUUGCCAAGAUGUGAUUAGCCUGCAAGUUUUAUCUCGGCAGCUCUUCCCUAACAUGCCUCACCAAAUUUCCUACGAAUUGGUACUGUACUUUUGGUGCCAAAAGCACUCUGAAAUAGCAACUACGGAUACUUCUUUGGCUAUCUUUGUCAAUAGCUAUUUGCAUGGCGGCCAGAAGCUCAUAAGCAAUAGGGCCAAAGCCAGUUACGUAAAAGUCCUUUUUAGCUUUUCAUAUCAAUCAAUAGCUGGUGAGCAUCACCAUGAACAUGUUAUGGCUUGGGUUCCGUGUUUCUUACAACACAUAACCACGGCACAUAAGCAUGUGCAUCUGGGUAGUGAGUUAGAGAACCAGCUUUUGUUGGAUCUGGAAACCUAUUUAAAUUACAAGUAUGACUACAUAACGCCACGAAUACACGAGUGUUUGUCACUGCCAUUUGACAAGGUUGCGAGUUUGAGUGAUAUUGACAUGGGACGAGAUAUGUUAAAGUUGUCAUGUCGUCUCUACUUUGAUGCAGUCGAAAUGCUCAAAUCGCACGGUCACAUGGACAAAAUUGAUCUUAAUGAGCAAGUAGAAUUGCUCCUAGGUUCCGGAUCGUUGGAAGUGAUGAGCAGUAUCUACAUGAACUUGCACAAAAUUACAUCGCAUAACUUGUCUAUAAUUGGGGGAGAGGUUGAAAUUGCCCAAGCCAAAUCUAUUUUUGAGCGUCUUGUAGGUGCUUGUUGUUGCACAAUAAAGAAGGAUUCUUUAACACUAUGUGACACAGAGGCGACACAGGCUAAGCAAAAAUUUGAAACAAUGGCAAAACUGGUUCAACGACUUCAUCAAAUACAAAUGGCUAUACAAUUUUUUCAGAAACAGAUUAAUCCAGAUGAUGCAAUUAGGCAAAAAAUUAGUAUGGGAGUUGAUAAAUCGGUGACCACUGUGCCAGAAGCUACAAGCAUAUUUGCUGGAAUGGACAUUAGCAACUCAAGUAAAUCAAGUGACAAACCUUCUACAAUAUUAGGGAAUUUUCAGGCUCUGGUCAAAUCUUAUGAAAACUUGUGGCCUAUACAAGAUGCUAUUUGUUGCAAAAUGAUGGAGAUUUCGAUGCAUAAGUAA